AUAUAGAAAAAUGAUGAUAACUGUAUUAAAGCAGGUCUGUCUUUGUGGCUCUACAUGAGUGAAACCUUUUCAAGGCAGUGAAGGGAGGAAAUGUAAUUAUCAGGAGGUGGCCUGUAUGAAGCUGAAGUUCCACAAAUGUGGACUCUUGCACAGUGUGUACACAGCAGUGAAUUUGUUUGUUUGUUCGACAGCUAAGCUGCAAUCUUUGGAGGGCUGUUGCUGAAGUUAUGUUCCAUGAUGCCUUAUGUUCCCUAGGCCAGAAACUAGUGGAGUGGCACCAGCUAGAUGUAACUUCUUUCUUGGACCAAGUGACUGGGUUCCUGAGUGAGCAUGGACAACUGGAUGGGCAUUCUACUAGCCCUCCCCAAAAAUGUUCUCGUUCUGAGAGUCUCAUUGAUGCCAGUGAGGACAGCCAGUUGGAAGCUGCUAUCAGAGCCUCAUUACAGGAGACGCAUUUUGAUUCCUCACAGGCCAAGCAGGAAAGUCGGUCAGAUGAGGAGUCUGAAUCGGAGCUUUUUUCUGGAAGUGAAGAGUUUAUUUCUGUUUGCGGAUCUGAGGAGGAGGAGGAAUCGGAGAAUCCUGCCAAGUUGAGGAAGUCUCCACACAAGGACUUGGGGUAUAAAAAAGAGGAGAGUCGGAGGCCUCAGCCUGAGCCCCCUGCAAGGACAGAGCCUGGAACAACACCAAAUCACAGAGUACUGCCCUGCAUUGAUGCAGGGAUAUUGGAGGAGUCAACUGACAAGCCUGAAAGUACAUUACAGGGCCUAGAUGUGAAUGGUAAGUUGUCACAGUUUUUUAUAGUGACUUGCAAGUGUUUUGCUCUUUUUCUGAAAGUCUUCAUAGACUGACAAUUGUGGUUUCAGUCCUGGUUUUGAAGAACUAAAUCUUGUCUUCUGUCUUCCUCUUUCCUUGAAGCUAAACAUUUGGAUGGGUCACUCUGCCUACAGCAGCACUUGGAUGUGAUGCAAACUGCACAGUCAUGUUAGUCCCUGAGCUCAAGUUUCUUAGUUUAAGACCUUGUCUGAGAGAAAUGUCCAUUGGUGUAAUACAGGUGCCUAUGAUGUGGCUUCUGCCGGUGUCAUAGAGUGAAACAGAGUAACAUCAGUUCUACCUCAUGCUCCAUUAGUUUGGCUGCCUUGAGGGUCUGGACUGAGUUUUAACAGUGCAAAAUUGUGCUAAUAUUAACAAGUGCUAGGAGUCUCUGUUCCUCCCAGCAGUCUGAGUCAGGAUGUAGCUGAGUAAGGUGGUCUCAAAGGCAAAGGGUAGCACCAUGUGCUUUUUUCUGGGAACGCUGACAUAUGUCAGUCACUACAGAAUCACAGAAUCAUUUAGGUUGGAAGGGACCU